AUGCACCUACUCUUCGCACUAUGUAUUGCUCUGGUGGCGAUUGAGGUUGCAGCUCUCCCAUCUUGGACUUCCUUUCUUUUCGCCAGCUCCGAUUGUACUACGAAGACAGUUCAUGCCGAUGACACAUGCGGUUCACUGGCAACGAAGUGUGGUAUAUCCGCUCAAGACUUCAACAAAUACAACAAAGCUUCCAAUCUCUGUUCUGCAUUACAACCAUAUCAGCGCAUAUGCUGCUCUGAGGGCACAUUGCCAGAUAUUCGUCCAAAGCCAUUGAAGAAUGGAGGAUGUGCAACAUAUGUUGUCCAGAAAGACGACACAUGUGCUUCCAUCGCAGCGAGAAAUGGGCUGAAGGCUACCGACAUCGACAACCUAAACAGGGUCAAGACAUGGGGAUUCAACAACUGCACCAAGGGUCUACCAAAGGGCCUGAAAAUAUGCCUGAGCAACGGCAACGCUCCGAUGCCCGCGCCUGUAAAGGGCGCAGUCUGCGGGCCGACCAAACUCGGGACGAAGCCGCCACCACCAGGAAGUAAAAUUUCAUUUGGUGACUUAAGCCCAUGCCCUCUCAACGCAUGUUGUAAUAUUUGGGGGCAAUGCGGCAUCUCUAGCGAUUUUUGCAAGCCGACUCAAGGAGAUUUUGGAAACCCAGGAACAGGACCGCCUGGAACCAACGGAUGCGUUCAGAACUGUGGCAUGGACAUUAUCAACAAUGAAAUGGCGCCAGAAAGACCAAUAUCGGUAGGCUACUACGAGACUUGGAACAUGGAUCGCCCGUGUAUGCAAAUGCCAGUGCGGUCUAUCUGGGAGCUCGACAGCACCUAUACACACAUUCACUGGGCCUUCGGCAUCGUAUACCAAAACUUAUCUGUCGGAGUCAAUGACACAUAUAAUCAGUUUGCCGAUUUUGUUGCCCUCGGCUCCGGAACCAAGCGUAUUAUCUCUUUCGGCGGAUGGGGGGUCUCGACCAGUCCAGAUACAUAUAACUUGCUGCGGCAGGCGGUCAGUCCUAAGUAUCGGGAAACUUUUACUGAUAGUGUCGUUAGACUAGUGAAUAAGUAUAUGCUAGAUGGUGUGGACUUUGAUUGGGAGUAUCCAGGUGCUCCAGAUAUACCCGGCAUUCCGGCUGGCCUAUCUAGUGAUGGAGAGAACUACCUAGAGAUGCUUAAGGUAAUACGAAAAAAGCUUCCGAAGGGUAAAACUCUAUCUAUCGCUGCUCCUGCUUCUUACUGGUACCUGAAAGCCUUUCCAAUCGACAAAAUGGCAGAGGUUUUGGAUUAUAUUGUUUACAUGACCUACGACCUCCACGGGCAAUGGGACUACGAAAACAAAUGGUCAGAUGAUGGAUGUCCCGCUGGUAAUUGUUUACGCAGCCAUGUUAACAUAACUGACACAAUGCUAGCACUCUCUAUGAUUACCAAGGCAGGAGUCCCUAGUAAAAAGAUUUUAGUUGGCGUUUCGAGCUACGGAAGGUCUUUCAAGAUGACAGACCCGAAUUGCAGUGGCCCAAUGUGCACAUAUAUAGGGCCUGAGUCAAAGGCAAAACCGGGAAUAUGCACGGGUGCCGCUGGCUACAUAUCUAACGCCGAGAUAAAUCGCAUUAUUCGCGAUGGAGGCAAAAUCAAACACUGGUUUGAUGAGAGUACCAUGACUGAUUUACUUGUCUAUGAAGGGACCGAGUGGGUAGCAUAUAUGUCAGAAGAUAAUAAGGCAGCGCGGAGAGGAAGAUGGGCGAACCUUAACUUUGGCGGCACCAUCGACUGGGCAGUUGACCUCCAGGCUUUCACUUAUAUUGCCUCCGUUUAG